UCUUCUCUCAACGUCAGGGAAGAGCAUCCUGUCAAAUCACAUGUCAGCUCUUGUCAUCUGACAAUGAAAAAGUUUCUUUGAAGUUCAUCAGCGCUGGAAGAGAAGGAGUGCUUCGUGUUUCUUUAAAUGUAUCAGGUCAUAAGAAGCUGAAGUUUAUGGUUGAUGGGGUUAUAGUGCGAACAGAGAGAACUUCGAAAAGAAAAAAACUAUGACAUAACCUUCUGCAGAUCCUCAGGUGAUCUCCUCAGUUCUCCUUCAGGAACAUGUGCCUCUAACGGCUUUUCCAUGAUUUGUGAUAAUAAAGCGUGGCUCUCUGUUACCCCAUGUGACCCCGACAAGCGUUGCUGGGGAAAUGGACAGUGUGUCAUCCCAAGGACGUGCACCAUCUCCGGAUCCAACAUCAUUGGUUUCUUUGGAAAUGUUUCCACUAUAACGGAUCGCUGUGCAUACAUUCUGAUGUCAGAUGCUGGUGUCGAGCUGCUGGGCAUCUUCCGCGAUCGCCGCCGGAAAGACGUCAGUUUGUUGGACCAUGUGAUUGUACGUGUGGUGGGGGCAGAGUUUAUCCUGGGACAAGGUGGAAGGGUUCAGAUGAACAAAUCAACUUUGAGCAUCCACAGUUCUGCUCAGAUGUUUCACCAAGUGGAAUUUUCCAAGGACCAAACUGGUGUCACUGCCAACCUCCUGACCUCAACAUCACACAAAGUUUCAGUUUUCUUUGAUGGCUACACUGCACAGAUCUAUGUGGAAGGAGAUGAGUCCGACCUCCAGGGCUCAUGUGUGAACUCCACAGUGGUAAAGUCUGAUAGCGCCAGCUUCUCCAGCUGUGAGGAUGUCCACCUUGAACCUCCUGACCUCAGCAUCAACUGCCCUGCCAUGACCACUCACUGUGGCCUCCUGAAAGAUCCACCCUUUACCUCCUGCCACGACCACGUCGACCCAAAACCUUACAUCAGUGCAUGCAUCGCCACGCUGUGCAAAUACCCGGCAGUGGACGGUCUCAAGUGUCGAUUCCAUGAUGCCUACGCCAGAGCCUGCAGACUGCACAUCAACAUCACAUUGGAGGGCUGGAGUUCAAAGGGCCGCUGCCGUAAGAGCAUCUUCUGUCCACACGUUGUCUGCAGUGCUCAUGAGUUCUGUGCUGAUGGCAUCGGUGAUGGAACCAGAUGCUUCUGUCGUGCUAUUUUUGCCUCCAAAUACAAAUCAACAAACACCUUAGGUGAGUCAACCAUCUGUCACCAAAACUCUGCUUCACUUUCUCUGGUCGGUUGCCUCCUGGAGGAAAAAGGCAUAAACUACUCUGUGUUAAAACUCAAUGACCCGAGCUGCAGAGGUCACAUGGACAACCACACCCACAUGCUGACCUUCAGCUUCAAUGAAACCAACACCUGUGGGGCGGAGGUGACGAACAACAACAGCCAAAUCAUCUUCAAGAACACCAUCAUGAUCCAAAGUAACACAUCUGGAGGCAUUAUUCGACACAACCAGUUCCAGCUGAACUUCUCCUGCUUUUACAGCCAGCCAGAUAUGAAGAGCAUCACCUUCAGAAUCAUCGACAGCACUGUGGUCCAGCAGAUUGCAUCUGGAGCUUGGAAUUACAGCCUGUCCAUGAAGGCCUUCACUGAUGCUAACCACUACCAACCUAUCAGCGCAAACACCAGGCUCCUAUUGGGCCAGAGGGUAUGGGUGGAGCUGAGCACCGAUGGACUGGACGACAAAUUAGUUGCCGUGGUGAUAGAAUCCUGUUGGGCAACCAACCAGAUGUCGGCCAUUAGGGGUCUGAGAUACAACCUGAUCAUGAACAGCUGUGCAAACCCUGAUGACAGGACUGUGACGGUGACAGCCAAUGGACAGGGAACAUCCCCCUACUUCUCCUUCAACAUGUUCCAGUUCAGUGGGAGUUCUGCUGACGUUUACCUGCACUGUAAACUCAACCUGUGUGGGAAAACCAAGAAUGACAAGUGUAUCCCAAUCUGUGAUCAGACUGCAACCGAGAGAAGGCGUAGAUUUGUCGUGUCCCAAUACAUUGACGACAAUCCUGCUGUCAUCACCAUGAUCUGGACUAAUUAGGUACGAGGUGCUGCUGACUGCCGACCAAUAAGGUGGAACUGAGUAGGUGUUGAAAAGUGCAGAUUAUUUAAGGUUUUUGUCAAAAUUUUAGAAGAACUGUGGCAGAAAACUGUACCUACAGAUGUAGAAGCUGUUCUGACCUUUGACCCUCAGACCUUCUAUCUGAAUGCAAGUCCACCAACAAGCUGAUGAGGGAAAUUCUGUGGAACAUGACAUGAACCAAAGCUGUGGCGUUAAUGACACUGCUUUGUUUGUAUUACGAUUUUAUCUCGUUGCCAGAAAGUGCUGUUUCGUUCUUUUUUUUGCUUAAUGGUGUACGACCUUUGUAUAUGUGUGCCAUAUAUUCUAUUUGUUUUUCUCUCAGUAGUGACUCUGUAUGAGAGCUCGUGUUAGGCUAUGGUUUGUGGUUUAGUCAUGAGCGUUUCUGUUUUACUCACUCCUUUUAAGAGUUGGCACUGCUUUCUCUGUCAUUUGGGGAUGGGGACAUAA